CCAGGCGGACAUUUUACAGUUUUCCGCUUUCCUUUGCAGCUUUUCUCUUUUGCGUUAAAAUGCCGGAACCAGCCAAGUCCGCGCCCGCCCCGAAGAAGGGCUCCAAGAAGGCGGUGACCAAGGCGCAGAAGAAGGACGGCAAGAAGCGCAAGCGCAGCCGCAAGGAGAGCUACUCGGUGUACGUGUACAAGGUGCUCAAGCAGGUGCACCCCGACACCGGCAUCUCGUCCAAGGCCAUGGGCAUCAUGAACUCGUUCGUCAACGACAUCUUCGAGCGCAUCGCGGGCGAGGCGUCGCGCCUGGCGCAUUACAACAAGCGCUCGACCAUCACGUCCCGCGAGAUCCAGACGGCCGUGCUCCUGCUGCUUCCCGGCGAGCUGGCCAAGCACGCCGUGUCCGAGGGCACCAAGGCCGUCACCAAGUACACCAGCUCCAAGAGGAGCAAAUGGCCUUUAGACACGUCUUUCCCCAUCACUGGUUACUGCUGGACACUGUGACAUCUCACUAGCCAAUGA